AUUACGAUGUAUUUGGAGAUGUGAUAUCAUUUGACUCUACAUAUUCCACAAACAAGUACAACAUGAAGUUUGUUCCAUUUACUGGUCUCGACAAUUAUAAGAAGUGUGUUGUAUUUGCAGCAGGAUUGAUAGCUAAAGAGGACAUUGAUAACUAUGUCUGGACUUUUGAGGUAUUCAUGAAAUGCAUGAUUCGCGAGCCAAAGUGUAUUGUUACAGAUCAGUGCCCUGCCAUGAAGCAAGCUAUACCAACUGUCUUUACAGAAGCACGUCACCGUUUGUGCAUGUGGCACAUCAUGAAGAAAUUUAACCAAAAGUUGGCAAAAUGCAUUUCGAAGAUGGAUGAUUUCAAGAGGAAGAUCAAUGCACUGAUUUGGAGUAUAGAUAUAGAUCCAGCAACAUUUGAAGUCGGUUGGAAAGAUGUUAUGAAAGAAUAUAAGCUUGAAAGUAAUGAAUGGUUGUGUGAACUGUAUAACAUUCGGGAGUCAUGGAUUCCAGCCUAUUAUGUUGAUGAUCAGUGCCCUGCACAAAUUCCAGCUCUGCAGCUCUCCGUUGAACCCUCUCAAUACAAUCCUGCAUUUUGA